AUGUCGGCCAAUGCGGUAGCCAAAGCCGCCGGUGGCGUCGUUUCCAUCGCCAAGAAGCAAACCCUUCAAUCGACGGGCAUUUGGGAGUCGUUCCGCAAGGCCGUCGCCAUUGACCCGAACCGCUCCAACGGCGUGCCGCUGAACCCGUACUACCGCCUGCCCGCGCCAGGCUCCAACGACCCAGCGUCCUUUGAGGACCCUGUUACGCUACCCGCGGGUGAUAUCGCCGGAAAUCCCUACUGGAAGCGCGACACCCGACGCAACUACCCACAGCUCAGCACCGUCAGCCAAGCUGACGUCGUGGGCCUGCUCGCUGUCGGCAGCGCCGCCAGUCCCAAGGUUGAGCUCAUUGGCGAGGCUGGCGAGAAGGCUUUGGUGGCUGCCAAGCAGGAGGGCCAGACUGCCGGACUUGCCAAGGCUCUGGCAAAAGCUACACCCAAGGAUGUCGCCAAGGAUCUGUUUGUCAAUGGCCUACCGCCGCUGCCGAGCGGACAGUCACUAUCCUCGGGAGAGUGGAACGUGCACAAGUACAAGCUGACCGAACGGUCGUAUCCUGAUGGAUAUCCUUGCAGGUCAUUCCAAUAG